AUUCCCCUCCUCCUCCUCCUCCUCCACCACAUUGCCUCCACGAAUCCGAAUCGGGAAGGAUUCCUCCUCUUCCAAUCCGAUUGGGAAUCCAUGUCCAUGUAGCCGACUGAAAUCCCCACUUCCCAACUAUAAACCUCACGGCUUCGCUUGCCCGGGUUGGAGAAACAUAGCAAGAGAAGGAGGAGAAGGAGAUGAGAGUCAUGGAGGAUGAGGAAUUUCUGCGGCUGUGUCCGCCGACACACCCACGGCGCAACGAUGACGAUGACGAUGCCCUUCCGGCGACGUGCCUACUUGACUUGCUGACCUACAUUGCCGACUGCCGCAACGCGACCACCGCCACUUGCAGGCUCAGCUGCGGCAUGGAGGUGCAGGUCACCAUCUGCGCCGCGCCACCGCCGCUCGUCUCCCAUGUCUGUGUAUAUUGCCCUGGCUACGAUCACACCGUCUUUACGUGUGUGCCCAAGGUCGUCGCCACGCAGGGCGACGUCCUUGUCCUCUGCAUCGCGCUAGGUCCUCGCGGCACCAUCUACAGGCCUAGCAGGAGCAACUACUACCUCUACCAGGUUCAGGCUGGCUGGCCUUCGCUCAAGUUGCUCCCGCACCCUGGCCCUUGCUUUGAUCCUAAUGAUCCCUAUGCCCCGUUAUUCGAUGACCACAGUGUUGGCAUCAUACGCUACCAACCCCACAUCGACCAUCCUGCCUUGUACGUCAUCCCCGCCCUCACUAACGGAUCAGUGCCUGGGCGUUACGACCUCCACCUAUUACACUCGAAUGCCGAGAGCUGGAUCAGCAAACGGGGCUUGCCACGUCCACAUUCAAUGUCUCACGGCGACCACAGUUUUGCCAAGGUCAUCACUGUUGGAGGAGAAGCUGGCACCAUAGGCUGGGUUGACCUCUGGAAGGGCAUCCUCUUCUGUGACGUGCUCAAGGACAACCCAGUGUUCCUCUAUGUCUCGCUCCCACCCCCCCUCAUGGCAACCAGGAAGCUGCGAGGCUGCCCAAGAAAUACUCGUGACGUUAGUGUCAUCAAAGGUCUUAUCAGGUAUGUUGAGCUGCAGAUUCACAUCAAGCCAGGCUCGUUUACCCGAGGCAACUACAUUUCCAAUGGCUGGACAGUUGCCACAUGGAGCAGGAUCAGCUCUAAUCCUUUUGAGGAUUGGCACCAGAACUGUAAACUUGAUGCUUCUCAGGUCUCUUUUGAAAAUAACCCAGUGCAUUAUGAAAAGCUGCCUGAGCUGCUAGACGACCAAGGCAUACCUCAGCUAACCAUGGUGCGGCUCCACACAGGUCAUCCUGUUCUCAGCAUGCACGACCAUGACAUUGUUUACCUCAUGACUAAGGUCAACUACUUAGAUGACAAAGCAUGGGUUCUUGCCAUUGACAUGAGGAACAGCACAUUACAAGGUGUUGCUGAAUUCAAUGCGGAAAGAGUGAUCGCCUUAAGGUACGCCUUUACGCAAAGUGGGAUCUCUGAAUAUCUGAACAUGCUUCCAGGUAUAAAGGGAAACCGAAAAAGAUAAAGGAUGUUGUUGCUGGAACCCUCUUGCAAGGAGGAGUGUAAAAUCCGCAUGGUACAUAAUAUGGUGGAUGGUAUGAAUGUUGAUUAAUGGAUAAGGUAAAGGUCUGAAGGCUGGGAUGAAGGCAAGUUUGCUCUCCUCAAUGUUCGUAUCAAGAAAGAGAGCUAAAGCUCGCAAGCAGCUCCCCUCGUAUGCUGUAUCCAUCACUGCCUACCAUGCUGGCUUGCUGCUUGGAGCCGCCUUCCUCACCUCUUGCCUCGUGUCCUUGUCUGCACCUUGGUCAGAUUUUGUCAGCGCCAGAGCUUGGAGGAGCCGCCUUCCUUGCCACAUGGAACUGCCUGCGUUGUAUCCUUGUCUAUGCUCGGAGUGGGAGAGUUCACUUGAACCUGCGCUGGAGCUCUGAGGAGGUGGAUCUUGCCAUUCGCUCCCGUUGGGGCUUACUGGUCACUGCGUGAGAAUACAUGAAGGUCCAGGCUCUAGUUUGGGGCAAUUAAUCUGGAUAGAUAUGGUCCAGACUCCAGAUGGAUAAGGUAGACUAUUAGGUGCGGGAUUAUGUUAGUGUUCUGAGUAGGCAUUCUUGCUAAUGUGGGAAUUGUAGCUGUACGACAUGGAAAAUGUAGUCCCAAAUGUAUGGGAAUUUUGCAUCAUUUUCAAUAAGUUAUGAAUGAGUGAGAUUCAGUGAGGUACUUUUUCCCUUCAGUUGAAUCUGUAUUACUGCUUUGAGAAGAUGUUCUCUAGAAGCAUAGUGUAAUCUUGUCAAAAUAUCGAGUCUGGGAUUUUUAGGCAGUUGUAAAAUAUGAUUGCAUCCUCACAAACCAUGAUUGUCUAAUCGUAGAAAUAUCAUAUAAUGCACAAAUGAUAUGUUCCAA